AUGUUGCGCACACAGACUAAGUUGGGUAAAUUCUUCAAUACUAUACCUGAUGAGUUGAUCCCCUGGAUCCAAGAGCAGAAGUUCUUUUGGGUUGCAACAGCACCACUCAGUGAGAGUGGACAUAUUAAUAUUUCACCUAAGGGCGUGAGCGGGACGUUCAAGAUCAUCGAUAACAAGACAUUUUUCUACCAAGACUUGACUGGCUCGGGCGUGGAGACUGCUGCUCAUCUUCGAGAGAACCAGCGAAUUACUGUUUUAUUCAACGCUUUUGAAGGCCCACCUCAGGUCGUUCGGCUGUUUGGAAAGGGAGAAGUUCACGAACUCGACUCUCCACGGUACAACGAGCUCAUACCUCUUGAAGAACGCAUUUCUGGCUCCCGUGCUGCAAUAGUGGUUGACGUCCAUAAAGUCGGGGUGUCGCGCGGGUUUUCGGUUCCACUUUACCAGCAUACAGGGGAACGGACUAAUCUGCAUGAGAUCUCCGGACCACUCGAAGAGGCUGAUCGAAAGUUUGCUAAUGAGCGAAAAGAUUUCGAGGCUACGUCAUCACUUGCUCACUUUUCCUUCAUUCCUUCCGAGUCAGACCCUUCAAAGGAUGACCAUACACCAAAAGGAAUAAAGGAUUAUUGGAGUCUGCCUGCCAUGGUUUAUUCUCGUAAACUUGCAGGGUUACCUCCAGAAGCUGUAAAAGAAGAUCGCAAAUCAUUUCACCAAGAUGUAUUCGAUAAGGACAUUGUACACCAGCUAGGUAACAAGGGAUAUCAUAUCGCCGAAACAAUUGGAGGGGCGGGGUUCCUUGUAGGAGUGGCAAUAGGAGCAGCAUUAUCAUGGAGCUGGAUGAGGGUUUACAAGUAA